GAGCAGAAGGAGGGGGAUAGUCCCGUUAACCGCAGCUCAGGAGCGGACAUUUUCACGCUGCUCCGACUCACGCACGGAGCAAAAUUAAAAAGCAGACAAGAAAAAUAAAGUUAAACAGUUCAUUCUGAUUGAGGUCAAAGAUCAGCAGGCAUCAUGGCAGAUGAAGCAGACAUGCGCAACGAAUUGUCCGACCUGCAGACACGAGCAGACCAGAUUGCCGAUGAGUCUCUGGAGAGCACUCGACGUAUGCUUGCUCUGGUUGAGGAGAGUAAAGAUGCCGGCAUCAGGACUCUGGUCAUGCUGGACGAACAAGGAGAACAACUGGAGCGCAUCGAGGAGGGGAUGGACCAAAUCAAUAAGGACAUGAUGGAUGCAGAAAAGAAUCUGAACAAUCUAGGACAGUUCUGUGGUCUUUGUACAUGUCCCUGUAACAAGUUUAAGGGUGGGGGCCAGGCCUGGGGAGGGAACCAGGACGGAGUGGUGAACAGCCAGCCAGGGGCUCGAGUGGUAGACGAGCGUGAACAGAUGGCCAUCAGUGGGGGCUUCAUCCGCAGGGUAACAAAUGACGCCCGGGAGAAUGAAAUGGAUGAGAACCUCGAGCAGGUGGGUGGGAUCAUCGGCAACUUGCGUCACAUGGCGUUGGACAUGGGCCAGGAGAUCGACACCCAGAACCGCCAGAUUGAAAGGAUCAUGGAGCAGGCUGAUUCCAACAAGACCAGGAUUGAUGAGGCCAACCAGCGUGCUACAAAGAUGUUGGGCAGUGGCUAAACUGCAGCUUAAAGUGCUCUCAUCCCCGUUAAACCCCAGUCAGCCUGAAAACGAGACCAACCAAACCCAGCCCUGCCCCCAACACCAAUGCCGACAGCAGGCGCUACAAAUUCAUGCUUUUAUUGUGAUACUGGUAGAGGUUUGCACACAUGCACAUAUCAUACAUCACUUCACUUCCUCCUCCCUCUUUCCUUUAACACUCCAUUUAUUUCCACUCUUGUUCUUAACGUUGUUCUGUGAUGUUGCGCUUUAAAUAUGGCUUAUACUGUAUACUGUCCUGUUGCACAUUGUCCAGUCAAACCUUCUCUACGCUGUACAUAGAACAUCUUUAAUGGCUUCAGUGAUUUAGACCACUUGUCCUAUUCUCUUUCUUUUUUAAUUCUUGGUGUAAAAUAAACUGUAUCUACAUUUUUAUUUUCACACUGUCCUUUUCCUACGUCAGUAUUCUAGUCUGAUACAAGUUGGCCUGAUUCACCAAAGGACUGUGCAGCUUUAGUAGGCACUACACAAGCUCAAAGCAAUGAUUGGGCAUACGUCAGGUUCAGAAAGACCUCCUCAAGGGAGAUGUGUACCUCAAACUGUGCUGCCAACCAAACAGCAUUUCUUUGCACUGAUUGCCCACAUUUUAAUAAAUAAAUUUUCAUGCAUUUAGAGAAGAAAUUGCCCAUACUUUUGUAUGUAACGUUGUUUGAGACACCCAUUUAAUGAGAAAUAUCUUGUGAGAGCUGGUGGUAAUUGUGUCUCAGGAGAAGAAACAGAGGAAUCCGAUGCACUAUUAACUUCCCACCAAAAGGCAUGCCACAAAAAGUUUGUCCUCUCUUCAAGUAAUAAGUGUCGAGCCUUGAUGCUUUUACAGAAAAUGGUUCAAGAAGUAAUUCAAAACUUGUUGCUAAAUGGUUUAGCUAAGUUUACUUGUUGCAGAAUAUGUUUCAGAACGUUUCAACAGAUGGGGCUUCACAUCCAGAAGUUAACAAACACAACUAGCCCAUUAAUUAAAACCUGUUCUCAUCCUGCAGUACAGCCAAGGACACAGCUGGGGGGCAGUGGGGGUGUGAGCCUCAACCCUCCAUCCAGGAGGAAAGGUUGCAGCAAGCAUCCCUUGGUCUGGAGCAGAAACCAAAAAUUAAUUAAUUCUUUCUCAUUUAAUUAAUUAAAAGUAAUGGUCAAAAAAGCACAAAAGCAAUUUAAUUUUUUUUUUAAUAUCUCAUAAGUUUAAGUACUUAAUUUACAACUGCAUUUUAAACUUCAGCAAACACGUUUUUCUUUAACUAAAUUAGUUAAAUGUAUAAAUUAUGCCAUCGUAUCGUAGUGUCAUAAAUCUGCAGCUGUUCAAUAAAGAACCAACAUCAUUAUUGUUUUAUAAACGACAUUAAAAAUACAUUUUUCUUUCUCUCUGCCCCUUCUGUCAUAUUUCCACUGUGCAGCUAGAACAGCUGUGUAUUGGCACAAAGAAUAAAAACUGCUCACACCUGCUGAGCUUGACGGGAGUGUUUGUGUCCACUGGUGGCUCCUGAGCCAAAAUAUCAGUGGGGUGGACAUUAAUUUCCUGAAUUACUAACCGCACAAGUCGCAUUACAUUUUCUGUGGUAAAAAUAGGAUAUAUGUUGCUUAAUAUUUAUUUUGUUGUUUAUUAAAAAAAAUGUGUACAAAUCAUUAUUCUUCCUCCCGCAGGUCGAGGUUAUGUCUCGUGAAAAACAGUCCCGUCUAAUAAAUCAGAGAAAUGGAAGCCUCCCACAUCCACCCCCGCCAGAAACAGAGAUAAUUUGACUAAAUUAAUUAACGCAACGCGCGACUGACUGACACAUGAGGCAGAACGAACAGCCGAACACUCACGCUCAAAACUGUUUGGAUCGGUAAAGUUUUUUUCACUUUUAAAAAUAAAACAAUGUAAAAGUUAAAAAUACUGGUCGAAUAUAUCAGCACUGAUUGAAACAGAUGUUCCAAACAGGAAUUGAACCUGUGGUCUGAUUAUAUGACUUUAACCACUGAGCCAAUGCAGUCAUUUACACUUUGGAUGCCACAGAACUAGUUCAAUAAGAUUCUGCCAUGUUGUUGAAAAUGUCUGCCCUCCUCAGUUUUCUGUUCUGGUCCCCUCUGUCUGCUCCAAAUGGAUCUGAACAGAAUAUCUCCACAGCACAGAAGGUUUAGCUGCAGCUAUUCCUGCGUUAGAGCUCAGGUCAAGUGUUAGUGGUCGUAUUAAUGCGCUAAAACCAGAGGAACGUGUCCACGGGGGAGAAAAUCUGACGCCCUGAAUGAGACUAUUGGAUUUGGCUGUUCAAGUCACUGGUCAUGUUCCGAUCUGCUUGAUGAAUACAGGUAGCUUAAUGGUAACGCCUCCGUAACAGUAAAUAAGUGAAAAACAGAAUCAAUCACUAAACAUUGUUUUAAAUUCCAGUUAAAAUUGUGAAAAUAAUUUUAAAAAAUGCAAAGAACAAAACAAUACACAGUAAGCUCAGUAAAUAAUUUUUAGGUUUGCCCCAGUGGACCAGCCGCCACUUUAUAUCCAAGAUAUAAAUUAGCUUUUUUUUUUGGUUUGGAGAAUCGAAUGCUAAGACAGAACAAAUAAAAGGAGCAAAUGAUGUGCAAAUAUUGGAGCAACUAUGAGGUGCUGCCCAUUCUUAGUGAAUCAGGCCUUCUUUACUUUAUAGUUGUUAUUAAGAAGGUCAUAAUGCUACACAAUAAAUCCAGACAUUUCGUCCUAGAAAUUGUGGUAAUAGACAACUGUUCAAAUACUGAUACUUCAUGUGGAGUGAAACUGCACAGAUCUUACUAGUGACAAGUGGUCUAGGACCCUGGUUUUAAGUAUUUGUGCCACUUAAAGGGAAACGUGGCUUUUUGGUCAGAACUGCGUGCCAGUAUAUUUACCAAGGAUAAUAUUGGAAUAGUAUUAAAAGGAAUUGAUGCCAUAAAACUGUGUAGUUUUACCCUUCCUCAAGGAGCUAAAUUGGACCACUCAAUAACAAAGUGUUCAAUAAUUUAUUUAUACAUUAAAACCUAUGAAAGCAUAUUCCUAUUAUAAUAUAUAUAUAUGUACACAGACAGACAUACUUUAUAUGUGCGUGCGUGGGUAAAGUUGUAUUUAUUUAUGAUUUGAAAGGAAUUUCAUGUGAAAAUAUCAGGCUGUAAGAGCAAAUGUGAAAUUGUAACAAAGACCAAAGGAAAUGUGCCGUGAGUUUAAGUGUUGAGCAUAUUUAAAGAAAGGUCAACGACCUCUUCACAUCGUUCUGCCCUUAGCGACAUGAAAAACUGCAUUCAUUCAUGAAGUGUGUUUUGCAUGUCCUUCAGCUGCUUGAAAAUAAUCCAUUUAUUCAGGCAAAACUAUCCGGACAGGGCAACAGCAUGCUACAUGCUGUAUGUAGCCCACACAUAUUUAUCUGCAGUAGUGCCACUCUGUUUUCUGUCUCUCUUUCCAGACUGUGACAUCACUGUAAAAUAUCAUGUACCUUGAUA